UACCGAAUACUGUAUUACUGUUAUACGAAAUUCUGUUGUAUAAAUUGUGUUCCUAUUCCCCAUUUCUCUAACCGGCUUUGGCGUGUAAGACUAACUCAAAACGAUUAAUAGUCUAUAUUUUAAACUCAAAUCUCAAUAUCUCUUCAGUUUCAAGUCUGUCUUUUUAAUCAAAUAUAAAAUUUACCUAAAAAAAACCGUUUAAAACAUGGACAAAGACUUACAGAAUUUUAAAAAAUGGUUCCGACAACUGGGCCUGGAAAUGGAUGGCAAAAUAAACGACGAGGUGCUGAAAAAGCUGAUGCCGCCUCAGCGACGAGAUAUGUGGAGACACAUUAUUAAACAUGUACGUCCCAAAGAAGAGGUGGAUUUGAUUAAGAAAUCCUUGUUGUUACAUAAACUCCAAAAACGUCAAAAACCGUUGAUGUCGAAAGUGGAAUCUUAUAUUGAUCUUUCUAAUGCAUUAAAAUAUGAAGAAUUGAUUACAAAAUAUAAUAAGAUUCAAAAGGAGAUUAUUGAUGCCAAAAUAAACAACAACAAAUUAAAAAUGGAUUUAAACGAAAAAAUUGAACAUAAAAGAAAUGUUAUUAAAAAUAUUGAAAACAAGCAAGAUACAUCAUAUUUAGCUAAUCAUAAAAUAGAAUAUUAUAAUGAAUUUAUCAAAAUGUAUAAUGAAUUAUCAAAUUUUUGCGAUCAUUUUUCAAGAGAUGCAAAUAAUGAUUUGACCAAGUCUGAUUACGAGGAUUCUUUGAUUAUAUGUUGUACUGAAGUAGAUGAUGCUAAACAAGCAGGUGUAAUGAAUGAUGGUGUAAACAUUGGAAAAAAGUUGUGCAAUGCUAUAUACUCAACUACAUGUGACAAGUCUCCUGCUGUUUUACUCCAAACUGUUGAAGAGAAUCUAAAGUUUAAUAUAAAUAAAAGUAAUGAUACAAUUAUAGAGGCCAAUUAUAAUGAACCUGUAGAACAUAACAAAGACAAUACAAUUGUGUAUGAUGAAGUACUUAAGAAACUUUUUGAAAAGCAAUUAGAGUUAGAAUCCAAUUUGUCCAACUCAAUAACUGAAAAGGAACAUGUUUUUGAAAAUUUAAAAAAGGCAACACAUCUGGUUAAAAAUGAAGUUAUUAGUCAAUACAAACUGAAAAAUAUAUCAUGUACUGAACAUGAACUUCAAGUAUUUAAGAAAAAUGUAAUGGAAACUUUUCAAAUGUGGUUUAAAAACAGUUUAGAAUGUUCAAAUGUAACUGUAUUCCAAGAAAAUGUGAUUUUUAAAGAUGAAUCAUUAAGAAUCUUAGAUGAGAUUGUCGAGAAAACUAACACCUUAAAUGAAGAAAUAAAUCAGAAAAAAAUAAUUGUAGGAGAAAUGUUAAAAGAGUUAAAUGAUAAAAAAAGUGAUUUUGGAUUAAUGGAAACAAAAACAGUUAUGGAUAAUUUAGCUGAAAAUUAUUUAAAUACAAAUAAUGACAGUAAUCUGAUUAACAAAAUGGUAACUUCUAUAAAAACUUCUGUGGUUAAUGAUGUUAACAAUAUGAAUAAAUUAACAAUUAGAUCAACUCCAAGGUUAAAUUAUAUACAUUUACGGACUUUGAAAGAUAUGAAACAGCACUCUGAAAUAAUUGAUAUUAUUUGUGAAAAAGCAAACAAUUUUGAACAGUUCAACAUAGUUAUUUCUACUGAAAAUAGCUUUAACGAAAUUAUACAAAAAGAAAAUAUUCAUAAAUCAGAAUUUGAAAGUAUUAUUUCACAAAUGGAAAAGAAUAUUACGGAGUUAAAGUUAUGCAUAGAAGACAGUAAACUUGUUGCUAACAUAUUGUUAACGAAGAAAAUACUAAAUAGUUCAGCUAUUAAUUAGUUUAUCGAGAAGUUGAUAAGUAAACAGCUCAAGUUCAAUAUUUUUUAAUUUGUGAAAUUACAAUUUUAUUAUGUAAAUUGAUAUGUUAAUAGUAAUUUUUAAUUUUAUAGUUCACUAAGUUUUAAUAUUUAUUGUUUGAAUAUUUUUAUUAUUAAUAAUUUAUUGGUUUACCUGAUUAUUUUUUUAUAUACGUUUAAACUAAUAAAUGCAGGUUAUUGUUUA